AAGCCCAAAUCAAACAGACAAAUACAUGCUGCUAUAUUUCUUCGUUCCGCUCCCUACUCUUCCAACUUCCAUGUAAUAAUCUCUGACUCUUCAAAUCAGAAACCCUAAUUUCAACUGCAACAACAACAAUCUUCGUUUCUCCUCAAUUUCUCAAUUUUUUCAACGCUGCGUCCUCAACGAUCAACUCAAUUCCAGGUUGUGGAGAUUCUGCAUUUCUUUUUCCUAAUUGUGGUUGUCAAGUUAAAUGGUCUCUGAUCAAGUGCCUUCGCGUGUGCGUUCGGGGAAAAAAAGGAAAUACAAGAUGGAGGAUAAUGUCAAUGAUGUUCAAGAAUUUCAAGGGGAAUUAGACAUGGGCCCUAUGGACCAGGCAGAGGAUAAUGUCAAUGGUGGUCAAGAAUUUCAAGGUGAAUUAGAAAUAGACCCAAUGGACCAGGCAGAGGAUAAUGUCAACUGUGCUCAACAAGUUCAAGGUGAAAAUGUUGUAGUCCCAAUGGACCAGAGUCUUGACCCCAUGGAUUGUAUCUCAAAAUUGCCACUGGAAGUCAUCCAUCACAUUCUUUCCCUCCUCCGAAAUGUGAAGGAUGUAGUUCGGACCAGUAUUUUGUCCAGGAAAUGGAGAGGCAUCUGGUAUUCUUAUUCCCUUUUGGUUUUUGAUGAAAGGAAAUUUAAGGAUGGGAUUGGGCAGGAAGAUACAAGUCAAAAGAUGUUUAGAGAUCAUGUGUGUGCCUCUCUGAAUGCUCAUGCUGAAAGGAACUUGCCCAUAAAGAAAUUGGUGCUGCAUAUGGUCACCUUUAUGGUCUCCGUUGGCUUAGAGGAUGCUCUGCUUAUGGACCAUUGGCUAGAUCUUGCCAAGGAAAGUGGCAUCAAAGAACUAGAUUUUCAUGUUAACAAGGGCAUCUACAUUUUUCCACCAUCUUUCUUUUCAUCUGUAACAUUGACCGGGCUGAGGUUAAGUUGUUGCAAUCUCGGAUUUUUCAACAACAUAAAGCUUCCUAAUCUGAAGAAUCUAUAUCUCCAGAAACUUGAUUCAACUCAGCACAAUAUUCUAAAUCUGAUUUUCUGCUGCCGCCAUUCAAUUGAGGAUUUAAGACUCAUACAGUGCUCAGGUUUGAGAAAUGUGUGUUUUGCAAAUCUUAAUAGACUGAAUAGGGUUGAGAUCUACAACUGCAAUAAAAUGAAGAGUGUUAAAAUCAAUGCUCCAUAUCUUGACACAUUCGGGUAUUGCGGCAAGAGAACAAACUCCUGUAAAGUUGAUUUGGAGGACUGUAAAUCUCUGAAGAGGUUGUCACUAGAUCAUCCCCAAGUGACUCGUUAUUUUUGUGAAAAGCAGAUAUCCAAUUUUCCCUUACUUGAAAAAUUGGAUCUGACUGUAUCUGAUACGAUGAAAUAUGUAACAAUACGAAAUCCUCAGCUUCAGUCAAUUGCUUUGAAAGGAUACAAGAAAUUGGGUGAUGUUACAAUAGAUGCUCCUAAUCUUCUGUCUUUUGAGUUCAAGGGUGAAAGCAUGCCUAGCUUUGAUAUUUCUGCUCCCUUCCUCAUGAAUAUCAAGCUUUCUUUUGAACCUCAGUCUAGAAGUAAAGAUGUUGACUAUGGUGACAAUUUUUGGACUAUGAUGAGAAACUUUGUUGGAAGUUUCGAUCCUCAAGGAUUUAUAUUGGUUCUCUCCUCUAACGAGAGUAUUGUUAUUCACGAAGAUAUGAACAACAUCAGAUUUGCUCCAGUGCCCAUCCUCUGCUUUGAAAUGAUCAAAUCAUCCGCAAGUGUUGAUGGUAUUUUGUAUAAUCUAUUGCGGACACACCCAGUGUUUCUAUCUGUAGUUUCUCCUGUUGGCAGUGAAUUCCCUAAGGUAGUGUAUGAAAUGAUAAAGAUCAAAGACCAGGAUCCAAUCUGUUGCAGCUACAACGCUUCCACCAAUAAAUGUUGGCGUCAUUUCUUGAAGGAUAUUAAGUUUCAGGACCUGGAAGAUAUAAAGCUUGAAGACAUCGAAGACAAAAGGAUUAAGUCCUGGUUUACUUGGUUGAAAUCGGAAUCUACAGCAUUCCAGGCUCAGAAUAAGAUGACCACUAUUCUCAGAUUAGACUGGAACUCUCGUUCAAAAUUAGUAUUCUGUCAAAAUUGUUCGAAUCAGAUACUGCACAGAAGCCAGCAAUUUGGUUGCUUAUAUAAUAUAUUUAGUUGCGUUAUUAUAACAAGCCGCUGCUUGUUCCAAUCUCUGGUAUAUACACCCCUUUGCAAGUCAAUUGUCCUUAUGGAAGGAACAAGUAGGAAGAAGAGCUUAAUAGUGGGACCAUGGGGAGGUAAUGGUGGGAAUAGUUGGGAUGAUGGGAGCUUCACAGGGGUGAGAGAAGUGACACUAGUUUAUGAUCAUUGUAUAGACUCAAUCCGUGUGGUUUAUGAUAAGAAUGGUAAGCCUUUCCCAGCUGAAAAACAUGGAGGAGUUGGAGGUCAUAAAACAGCAGAGAUUAAGCUCCAAUACCCAGAUGAGUUCUUGAUCAGUGUGAGUGGCCACUAUUGUCCUGUUGUUCGUGGUGGCUCCCCUGUCAUUCGGUCACUGACAUUCAAGAGCAACCGCAGAACUUUUGGACCCUAUGGAGUUGAAGAAGGGACACCAUUCACAUUUUCAAUAGAUGGAGGCCAAGUUGUGGGUUUUAAGGGGCGAGGUGAUUGGUAUUUGGAUUCAAUUGCCUUCACUUUGUCUUCUGCACCAUCAAAGUCCAUGCUUCACAAGGUGCAGAGGCGCUUCUCCAGGCUUACAACCUUUGCUCCAAAAUUUUCUUCAUCCUCCAAGGAUGCUUAGAGGACCAUAGGGAUAUAUCUACAUAUGUGUGUGUAAAUAAAGAGUGAUGAUUUCCUAUGUAGCUAUGCUUCUCGUGAUCUUUGUUUUCUCUUUAUUAGUGUUUACUAUAAUUGAGAUGAGCAUAUUACAAGAAAAAUAGUAUGUAACAUAGAUCAACUGAGAUGAUGCUAUUCUAACUUAAUCAGAGGUUCCAGGUUUGAGUUCA